AUGAUUUUGGAAACCAAAUUAGCCAUCGAUUUUUUAUUGAGUUUAAUUGAAGUAGGUCAUGUGAAAUGCAAAAAUGAUGCAACAUCAUCUGACAUGAAAUACGGAUACUUGGUUUCUGACCCUGGUAUAAGUUUUGGUCACAAAAAUAAUCGUAUCGAAAAUAAUGAAAAUAAAGGACUUUGGACAGAUAAAGAUAAAGAUUGCAUAUUUUAUCAAACCUUUGCCGAUAAAACACAAAUCGAGCUUGAAUACCUUUUAGAAAAAUUUGAUAGUAAUUAUAGUAAUUUUGUUGAUAAUAACAUGAAAUUGUCUACUCAAGAUCCUGAAAGUAAAGAUUAUCAACGUCCUCAAUUAAAGACUGUGGAUCUACCUAUUUCUCAAGAUCCUGAAAGUAAAGAUCAUCAACGUCCUCGAUUAAAGACUGUGGGUCUACCUAUUUCUCAACCAAAGACUUCAGAUGAUAAACAAUCUUCUAAUGCUGAUGAGUUUUCACCUCUAAUUACUCCAAUAACUCCUCCAUCUUCUCCAAGUGAAAUGUACUCUACUGGGAAACCAAAUAGUUUAUUAAAUAUGAAUAUAAAACAACGUCAUAAAAGAAUAGCAUCCAAAGAUAGUGCAAAAAGCAUUUCUUCAAAAAAUAGUCAAACUACUACUACUGCCAUUAAACCUCGAAAACUUGUUCAUUUAACACAUCCUAAGUUCAGUAGAAAUCCCCCUAUGGUACAUAUAUUUGACCCUGAAGAUUCUUUGAUUUUUAAAAAUUGCAAAUGUGAACAUUGUAUUAUUGGUCAAUAUAAUGAAUAA